CUAAUGCAAACUUCAAACUAUUUUCUAGCACAAUACACUGGAAACUAAGUAUUUUGUGACAUUCAUAUUAUUUUCCAAUGCAUUGCAAUAGAAAAUAAGUGUCGCACCAUUCCCCGCCAAUAAAAUUUUGAAAUGCCGCCUUUUUUUCAAGCAGUAUCAAAAUUCAGCUCAUUUUCCAGUGCAGAGCACUAGAAAAUAAGUAUACUCGACCUUCCCAUGUGAAAAGUUUUGAAAUGGCACCCUCUUUUCAAGUAAUAUCAAAAUUCAGCUUAUUUUCCAGUGAACUACUCCGCCAUCUGCCAGGUGAAAAAUUUUGAAAUGUCACUUUUUUGCUUUUAAUUUUGAAAACUUAUAUUAUUUUCAAGCGCAAUGCGCUGAAAAAUAAUUCAAUGUCUAUACAAAUAUACUUCCUCCCUGUCUACACCUUCAUUCUCUCUUUUACCACUUCUACUUCCUAUUUCUCUCCAUUUCUCUCUUAUUACCUCCCCAUCUUCGACGGUAGUCUCCACCACAGCUAAGCUUCUUAUCUUCAUGCUGAAUUGAGUUCUAAGACUCUGCAUUUCAAAUGAACGAAGGAAUAGUGUUCUCUCUACAAUUUGUUUGGCUUUCAUCUUUUUCGCAAAUUGGAAACGGUGGAAUCGUGAAUUCCGUUGCUCCAUUGAAGUUGUUUCUAUAUAAGCUUAGAGAUUCAAUGUUCAUUUUCUUUAAUUAAAUGAAGAAAUUGUAAAGUUGAUUGAAACAUCUAAGAAUUUUAAUUUUGACGAUUAAGUUUUCUAAUUUGGUGCAUAACUUUUUUUUAAUGUUAGUUUUAGUUAUUUAAGUUCACUUGUUGAAUAGAAUUUGUGCAUGUGAUUAAGUAGAAAAAAUUGUUUCACUUGUUAGAGUAAUCUCAAGGUAUGGUAUAAAUAAGUUGUUUUGAGACGCCCAAACUAGGUGGUUGAAGCCAGCAGAAGUGUUCUUUAUACUACAGAAUCAUGAAAAAUACCAGAUCAUUCGUGAGCCUCCUCAAAAGCCUACAAGUGUUAUCCAUAAUCAUUUGGUUUUUUUUUUUCAUGUUCUCUCUCUAUUUCCUCUUCCUUUUCUUCUAGAUUCCUUCUCCUUUUCUUCUAGAUUCCUUCUCAUGUUCAUUCCAUUUCCUCAUCCUCCUUUUCUCAAAUUCAUUACUAUUUGCUAAUUUUUACUUAAAAAGUGCACUAAUUCAUUCUUUUCUUUUUAGGUAUAUAAUUACAUGUUUAUUCAUUCCAAUUGAAGACAAAUUUCCAACGUAUUGUGCUGGAAAAUGAGUUGAUGAUGUAGCUCAUUCUCAAGAUCAUUUUCCAGCAGGAAGCGCUGGAAAAUAAGUUAACUUUUUUUUACAACGCUGAGCAAUGGAAGUUAUUGGGUUGUUGACUGUUAUUGCAAAGAUAAUGCACUGGAAAAUAACUUGAUAAAUGUACUGUCCUCAAGAUUAUUCUCUAGCGUAUCAUGCUGGAAAAUAACUAGCAAUAUUUUUCCAGUGUGUAGCAUUGGAAGAUUUCUAGCUCAAUUAGCUGUCAUUUGCAUGCCGUUUACGUGUAUUUUUCAGUGCACUAUGUUGUAAAAUAUUGUAAAUUAUUUUUCAACACACUCCCUGUCUUGGAAAAUAACUAUUUUCUAGUCAA